UGUCUCGACACAAAUUGAAAGUAAAACGUUUCAGACUUUCGGCAUGAAGAGUUUGCUCUCGCUGUUUCCUCUUCUUUUAGCUGUAGAAUGUACAUUGCAUGUGUCCACUCCUUCUUCUCAAGUCACUGGCCUCCGCCACACUGAUGUCCUCCUGCCCUGCACCUUUACUGACGAGCCAAUUGACCUCAAGUACCUGCUAGUCAUCUGGAAACAUGGCAGUACGGAGCUGGCAAGAUAUGAAUCGAAAAAGACAAAUACGAAGAGCAUGGUGGAGCUCUCAGAAGAUGAGCUGCCACGCGGGAAUGCGUCCCUGCUCAUCAAAAAGGUCUCCAUCAGGGACGAAGGAGAAUACCGAUGUGAAGUGAUCCACUCGCCAGACUCCGGCAAGGCUGUGAUGGAUCUCAGAGUGCUAGCUCCUCCUGAAGUUGACUGCAAGCCCACGUUGGUCACACCAGGCAAGGAGAACAGCCUCGAGUGUACAGCCAAAGGCUUCUACCCCAAAGAAAUUGUUUUUUCCUGGUGGGACGGCGCCCGAAGCCCAGUGACAUCAAACCCAACAAACUUGAAGAGCAACGUCGAUGGAAGUUUCAGCGCUACCAGCUACCACAGCUUCACCCCCUUGAGCAGCGACACCAACGCAAACAUCUCUUGUGAGGUGGCACACGAGGCAUUGGGCAGUCCGGUCAUGGUGCCAGUUCGUGUGGCAUUUCGACGACGUGCUACUGUGACAGUCUCCCCUCAGACCUUAGUGAGGGGCAAAGAGCAGACACUGACCUGCAAGGUGCAUGGAUACUACCCAGACAGCGUGGAGGUGACCUGGCUGAAAAAUGGGGAACCCUACAGGAAACCAGUGACCACGGGGAACCUAACAACCGAGGAGCAUCACUCAGUGACCGUCACCGACAAUAAAGACGGGUUCUUCUGUCAGGUGGAACAAGAGGGCUUUGAGAGCCGAACCGUGCAGCUGGAGUACAACCUGAUAGAUGAGCACAUAAGUGUGAAGACCAUCGUUUCCAUUGCUGUCCCACUGCUGCUCGCCUUUGCACUCCUGACAGGCCUUCUGGUCUUUUGCCUCCAAAGGAAAAGCCAAAGAGUGUAUAUCUCAGAGAUCUUUGCCCCAACAAAGAUUUUUGUGGGAGAGCUGGUCACCUUGGAGUGCUUAUUUUCCGGACGACAGCCACAAGUUGAGGAGCCAGCAUGGCUUGUGAAAUACAAGGGACAGGAAUGGGUGAAGAUUGAAGGAUGGCGAAGCGAAGGCUACACCAUCAGCACGGUGUUUUCGCAAUCAACUUAUGUUAUGAAGAACUCCAUCAGAGGAGAGUGGCAGCCCCUUGUAAGUGUGGGAAACAAGAAGGAAAAUUCCACCCUCCUGCAAUUUGUAGCCGAUAUCGCCAAGCACGGUGAUGCGGUCUUCAAGUGUGAAAUCACAUGUGUGCAUCGGAUGUCCAGAACAACCAUUAAGCAGGAGAAAGAAAUUCAGAUUUAUGCGUUUCCCUCAGUAUCAAGUAUUAAAGACGUGUCUGUUCAUGGAGAAAAGGAGGGGACAUUACUGGUUGUAGCUACAAACUUUUACCCCAAAGACAUAACGUUUGUGUGGCCAGUCAAUAACCUCUCUAGCACUGAAGAGGCCACUGAGAACCAAGAUGGACUUUAUAGUUGUCACAGCAUCUGCAAGGUGCCUUGGGAGGAUCUUCAAAACCCCCAUUUUCUUCUGCAGGUGGAAAUAAUCCAUGGGUCCCAGGAACCGGUGUAUAAGACCCUCUGCUGUGGCACACCAGGGAUUGGUGGCAUCCCAGAUGUUUCUUCAAUCAAAAUGAAUACACCUUUAGAAAUUGGACGCCCCUGCACUCUCAGCUGCAUGGUGACUGAUUUUUAUUCAAGACCCUCUCGGAUUGCUUGGGUUCAGAAAAAUAUCAGCAGUGGAGAGGAGAUUGUGAGUGGGGAGGACAACUACUGGAACCCAACCAUUUUCCUGUAUGGUCCUUAUAAGAAGUACAACAGCAUUUAUUACAUGGAGGCUCAGGCUGAGUUCACCCCUAGCACUGCUAACAUCGAGGACAUGGACUUCAUCUGCAGAGUGGAGCACUCGUUACUGAGGGAGGCGGUUGAGCAGCGCACAGGACGACUCAGUGCCGCCCAUCGACCUACCGUGUCUGGCCUCAUACCUAUGCCACCCUUAAUGAUCAGCCACCCUUACGUGUUGACCUGUGAGGUUACUGACUUUUACCCUAAAGACAUGAAAGUGACCUGGCUUGUAAUGGAGAAGGAGAAGAAGCCUGUCGUCAUACAAGAGGACACCUUUCCCAACAUCACUGUGUCAGUCCAUCCACCCUACCGGAGCACCAAUAACCUUUACUCCUUCGUCACUCAAGUGGAGUUCAUGCCACAGAAGGUGGACCUUCACAGAAGCACCAUGAUCGUGCGGGUGGAACACAAAACUCUCAAAGAGUACAUUGAAAGGCAGUUUAACUUCAAGGACAAGGAUCUGUCAGGCAUCCAGCGUCACUACGACCGGCUCAUCAGGCAGCGUCUGUCUUCAGGGGCAGCCCAGGUGAUGUGGACUUGAUUCAAGGUGGACAACACCAAACAGGUGAAGAUGUCACACGGACUAAUUACACUAAGCUUGAGCUUUAAAGGCGGCUUUGAGUGGCUGCUGCUUGAGUCUGCUUCACUGUUAAAGUGUUGGCUUUUAUAAAUUUCACUUGUUGUAUAAAUUGACUGCUGGAGAACGAAGAAGUGCCAGUGCUGGACAUGAAGAGAAGCACAACAGGAUUAAAGUAAAACAGCUUUAAACUUCUGAAAUGGCAGCUUCAAGACUUCUUCAUCUCCUGGCUCGGCCACCAUCUCAUAGCACAAAUCAACUGGCAUCUUUAGAGUGCCCUCUGGCCAUGCUGGACGUGGUACCUUCCUGCUUCACUGCCAAUGUGGUCAAGAUGGGCUCCACCGUAACUGAAUAACUGUGAAGGAACAGAUAGGAUGGACAUUCUAAAGAGACUUGAAGUCCUUUAGGAAACCUAGAAACACUAAGUUGUCUCCCCUAUCUAUGAUGGUGGCGCUCUUCAGGUGGGACAGAAAAGAGAUGGAGGGAAUAUUAACCCUUUAUGUCUGUUUUCUGAUUUAACUUCAUUAUCCUUCAUUCAAUAUUCAUGUUUUGCCCUUUGAUAUACAUGUCAGACAUUGGUCUUUCAGAAUUUUUACACCUGUAGAAUUACUUUUAUUGUACAUAUAUGUUGCAGUAGAAUAAGCUUCAAAAUUGUGCACCAAGAAAUGCACUUCAAAUGUGAUUCUUAUUUCCACAGAUGUUCCAUAAAUUAGCUGAAAUCCCUUCUGACAGUCCAUGGCCACCUGAGAAAUGGGUCCCCCUCAGGUCUGGACCACAAUAUCAGUGACCAAUCAAUCAGCCUAAGCCCCUCAUUAUUUUAUAUUCACAAUGAUUAAAGCGAAUCGUUCCCUGUAACCGCUGAGUUGGAUCAAGCAGCUCAGUCACAGAUGGCUGGGCUUCUACUGAGAUCUUCAGACACUUACAGACACUUCUUUUAAAAAAAACUUAAUUCAUGACUCGGAUCUUAUUGUGUUAAAAAAGAGACUUUUUCAAGAAGCAGUUUACUUU